UGGAGGGGUGAGGAGCUGAGGUGCAGGGAAUAUCACCUGCCAGUCCCCUGUCCUGGCAGACAGAGGCUUGCUCUGUUGGGGUGAAGGCUAUGCAUGUGUCAGGGAACGGCACCAAAGUUGUUCUAGCUUGGGUGUGCGGGUUCGGGGCUCAGAGCUUGUUUGGCAUGUUUGGGGUACUCCUGAUGUGCAUCCAGAUGUACUUGUUCUAAAGAUGUAGCGGUGCUUGAACUUUCUGGUGCUUAUGAGCUUUGUGGAAGCAUUUUUGCGUUUGAUCUAGCAGCCUGUGUGGCCUUCAGCAUCCUAAGUAUAUUGCAGUGAUUAAGCCUGAAAGCUCCUUGUCAUUGAGCAAAGAUCUUGGGCAGACACAAAAUAACACUGUAAAUCAUUCCCGAGUGGCAUACUCGGGGCGUUUUGUCAGCUGAAAACUCCAUAUGCAAUAAAAAAUACAAGCUAGGUAUCUGGAGAAUAAUAAGAAAAAAAAAAACAUUAAAAAUCAAUCUCUAAAAAACUGUAUGUACAACCUUGGUUGUGCCUUCCAGAAACACAACCUCUACCUCACUGUAUACUUGCACGUGCUUUUAUCUCUCUGUUUAUGAUUAAAGUGAUGACCUGCAAAGAAGUAUAAGUCCAGCACAUUAAGUAUGUGAUUCUGUGAAGUACUCUGAGAUCUAACCUCCAGAUUCCUUGUCCCUUGAGGGUACGUUGACAUCUGUCUGAUACUAGACUGGUGAAUAGGAAGAAGGUCCCAUCUCUGGCCUGUUUGUGGAAGCUGGGAUGAUGAAGGCCCUGCAGUGGGAACGUGCGGUGUUACAGGGUUGAAGCUCCAGCCCAUGUCUGGUAGUUAUAGAGCAAUUGGAAGGGUUACGUGCAGAGUUCUGGUAAAGAUGGAAGAAUCUCAUUUCAACUCCUCCCCGUACUUCUGGCCAGCAGUGCCCACCGUCUCGGGACAGAUUGAGAACACCAUGUUUAUUAACAAGAUGAAGGAGCAGCUAUUGCCCACAGAGAAGGGCUGCAGCCUGGCUCCCCCCCACUACCCUGCCUUGCUGACAGUACCCACCUCUGUGGCCCUGCCCACUGGUAUCUCCAUGGACUCAGACACCAAGCCGGAGCAACUGACGCCACACAGCCAAGCCCCUGUGACUCAGAACAUCACCGUGGUACCAGUGCAGUCUGCUGGGCUCAUGACAGCAGGUCCUGGUCUGGUGAUAACUUCCCCAUCAGGUUCCCUAGUGACCACAGCCGCCUCUGCCCAAACCUUUCCCAUCUCAGCUCCCAUGAUUGUCUCUGCGCUACCCCCUGGCUCCCAGGCAGCCCUCCAGGUGGUUCCUGACCUGUCCAAGAAAGGGACAACCACCCUCUCUGAAGGUGGUGGGGGUGGCGGGGGUGGGGGAGUUGCCCCCAAACCGCCUCGGGGCCGGAAGAAGAAACGAUUGCAGGAGUCAGGGCUGCCAGAGAUGAGCGACCCCUUUGUGCUGUCAAACGAGGAUGAUGAGGACCAGCACAAGGAUGGCAAGACAUACAGUAGUUCCGUGAGCAGCGGAACUAAUGAAGCCUGGUUUCCAGCGGCUCUCUCCUGUGUGGAUUCUCUGAUGUCUAAUCAAGGGUGCCGGAUGUGUUCGCUGACCUUCUACUCCAAGUCGGAGAUGCAGAUCCACUCCAAGUCCCACACGGAGACAAAGCCACACAAGUGUCCUCACUGCUCCAAGAGCUUCGCCAACAGCUCCUACCUGGCCCAGCACAUUCGCAUCCACUCAGGGGCCAAGCCCUACACGUGCAGCUACUGCCAGAAGGCCUUCCGCCAGCUCUCCCACCUGCAGCAGCACACACGUAUCCACACAGGGGACCGGCCCUACAAAUGCGCUCAUCCUGGGUGUGAAAAGGCUUUCACCCAGCUUUCCAACCUGCAGUCCCACAGACGGCAGCACAACAAAGACAAACCUUUCAAGUGCCACAACUGCCACCGUGCAUACACGGAUGCUGCCUCGUUGGAGGUGCACCUGGCUACGCACACGGUGAAACACGCCAAGGUCUACACCUGCUCCAUCUGCAGCCGGGCCUACACCUCGGAGACGUACCUGAUGAAGCACAUGCGGAAACACAACAUCCCUGACCCACAGCAGCAGGUGGUUCAGGCACAAGCUCAAGCCUCUCAGCAGCAGCAGCACUUCCAGCCACAGGGUGGGGGGGCAGCAGGGGGCCCUUCUGGAGACACUAACCAACCCAACCCUCCCCCCCAGUGCUCCUUUGACCUGACUCCUUACAAGACUUCAGAGCAUCACAAGGACAUCUGCCUCACUGUCAGCACCAGCGCCAUCCAAGUGGAGCACCUCUCCAGCUCCUAGAGAGACCUCAACCCAGGGAGCAGAAAGCCUCUUGUGCAUAGCCGGCACCCAGGGGCACCGCUUGUGCAGCGGCCCUCCUCGUGCAACAGUCUCUGGCCUCUCCUCCUGCAACAGCCGUUUCUGGCCGUGUAACCCUGUUCAUGGCACCCCCUUGAACAACAGCCUGUCUCAAGGGGGUGCUCCUUCUGUGCAACAGCCUGCCUGGUAGGAGGAUGCUUCCUUGUGCAAGAGCCCCUUUCCUGUGCUGGGAUCACUUCCUCAUGCAAAAGCCCCUCCUUUCAAACCCAAAGAAAGGCCCCUGUUUUGCCUUCUCUCUCACUGUAGGAUGUGUAUGAAGGGGGGGUGCCUGUUGAGACAUGCAUGGUGAAUGGGAUGGAGAGAGGGUCCUUGUAUGUACAGGGGCUCGGACACAUGUUUUCAGCAGGCCACAGAAGAAUGUGGAAGGGUUCAUAGCUGGAUGGCGUUCUUUGAGGAUUUCCUUGAGUGUCUAAGAGAGAAAUAUCCAUUCCUGUCCCUCCUGCUUGUGAAGGGGAGGAGGGGUUGCUCGUCCUGCCCCAAGGACUGGAUGGGAGAAACCUUCUCCCCAGAGGAAGGUGAGACCAGUGUGGGGGGAGAGGUGAGGCAUGUUCUCUGGGCUGGACCGUGCCUACGCUGCCCGAGGGUUGUGGAGUAUUGCACUCUUUCUCCUCCCGUAGUGGAGAGCAAUAGAGAGGAGUCUGUCUGCACUGGCUGCUGCCUCUCUCUCCCAGCUGUCUGAGCAGCAUGGUGGCCAAGGCCCUGUAGGAAUGUGGAUUCCUGUUCAUUGCUCUUCCUGCCCGUUAUGGAUGAUGUCCUAGCAGCUUGUACUCCUCCUCCUCUCCCUCCUGCCUGCUUCCCCCCCCCCCCCCCCCCAAAGUCUGCAGGCAUCAACAACAAACCAAAAAGCAACUGGAGGGAGGGUAAGAGACUGCCAAAAUAAUCAUCACCCGUCUCUCUACUCCCUUUCCUGAAAGGCAGAACGACAGCAGUUCUGACUCUUGUACCCCUGUCCUGGCCCCAGUUCCCAAAGGGAAGGAGGAGGAGGAGGAAUAGCCCAGUCUUUUCAAGGAGCCGGCAGGAGGCAGGGAAAGGGGCUAGCUUCUCCUGCUCACCUCCCAGCAGAGCGCUCUCCCAGGCUCCCUCUUGCCAAGACGGGCUGGACUCACAUGGCAGUGGUGGCCUCUUCUGGACCCUGGUCAUGGGAGAGAAUCCCCAAAAGGUGGACAGUGGAGAGAAGGGGAUGAAGAUCCCCACAGAGAGACCAAUCUAAUGAGAAGGGGGAGCCAACAAGAAUAAACUGAAGGCCCCUUGAAUUUAUAUAUAUAUAUAUAUAUAUAAAUAUCUAUUCCCCACCCCUGGCCCGCUCUGUCCUUGCUGUAACUGUUUCUAUCUCUGUGUUUAUAAAACGCAUUAUCCUGAUGAAUUUUUAUUUUCAAUCUUUGUUUGUUUUUCCCUUUCUCUUCAUCUUCAAUUCUUCUCCCUCCCCCCCCCCCCCUUUUUUUUUUUUGAUAUAUAACUGAUCCACAUGACUACUAGUCUUGUGUGUCACUUGUUAGUUCCUUUGGAUCAUGGAGGCUGACUUGGAAGAGAAUGAGAAAGCAAGGGAAAAAAAGCAUGUGUUGUUGGGAUUAAAAAUCAAACGCCCACCCAAAGCCUACAGAAUCCCAGACUUCUGUAUGAACAACCAAUAGGGGCUUUUUUUUAACCAUCUGUAUAGAAAUAAAUUGGUGUAAAAGGCUCCUGGAAGGUGCUGCUGCGAGCAGCCUGCCCCUGUGACGUGUGUUCCUUCCUCCUGCACCAGACCACUGCACGAGCAUCUUGCUGCUGUGUGUCCUGAGCAGGCAGCCUGCCUUUGGGCAGCCUCACUUCACCCAAGGAAAGCGAGGAGCUUUGUGCUCUGCACCUCUGGAGCCUGUGGCAGAAAUCUUUUUCUUUGCAUUUAGUCACCAGGGUUGGCUACAAAUGGUUGUUUUGUUAGAUCAAUAGGUUUGGCCAGAAGAAGCUGCCUGAUUUGGCUUCUGCAUUUCACAGGUGACAUUUCAACCUGUUUACCCUGUACUGAGCCCCAAGAACUAAUGUAUAUUUGAAGUAUGUGUUGACAAAUUGCAUUAGGUUGAUUCUGAGGCACUGGGACACAGAAUCCCUUCCAUUGGUAGCCUACUGCAGGCUUUGUGUUCUCGCUGUUGAAAUAUUUAAGCCCAAUUUCUCCUUUGGAUCUGUUUGGCUUUGGUUUCCAGUAACUAGUUCUGGAUACAUCCAUCCCGUGGAUUCAGAGAGCCUUAAAGCACAGUGGGGCUUUUCCCCCUGGUAUUUAAACACUAUAAUGUCACUUCUCAAUCCACUUUUUAGGCAAGCUAAAUAGAUGGAAUUCCUGAAGUCUUCCGCUGUAAGGGAUUUCCUCCAGCCCAUGAAUUAUUCUUGUCUUUUCUUUCUACAUCUUGUCAAAUUUUUUCAGUAUCUUGUAAAAAUGUCCCUUUCAGAAUGGGGUGUUCAUGCCCCAGUGCCAUGGCCAGGGCCCCCCUGCCCCUUUGCCUUAAGUCCGCAGAGGAUUACGUUUUGCCCUUUUCUCGCAGCAUUAUAUGGGAGCUCGCAUUAGCUGCUUGUGUGGUGUGAUCCCUGGAUCAUCCAAAGUCUCAGCUUUCUGUGAUAGCGUUUCCCCCUUUCUACAGGUAUGCUCUUGAGUUUUUAUUUCUUAGAUACUUAACAUGAGGCUGUUAACAAAGGCCAGUCUGUGUGAAUGGACCUGACUUACUGAUGAACCAUGUUACUCGCUGCUCUCCCAGUUUUGUCACCCACAAACUGUAUCAGUUGUUUCUUACUUUCAGAUCCAGGUUGAAAAUGCUAUAUUGCGUCUGACCUACCUUAAUUUGAAAAGCAUCAUUCAGUGCAACUUUUUAUUAGCUUCUUUAUGAGACUUGCAGGCUAGGCAUUUCUUAAUCCUCUUAGUAUGUGAUUAUGUACAGUAAAUCUUUCUGACUUAUGGUGCUAGGUCAAUGCCUUACAAAAAUUUAAGUAUGUUGCACCUAUGCAGUCCCCUUUGUGAAACCAAAUGUGUAGUGAUGUCCCCUAAGGAUGAAAUUAGGGUUUGGUUUGGUUUUUUUUUCUACAAAAUCUGUAUUUCAUAAAACCUUUGGGUCAAAGGUUUUAUUUUUCAUUCACUAAUUCUUCAUCUCAACAGCUUUUCCUUGACAAGGAGUCAUUUCAUUUGCCUUUUGGGAGCGCUGUCAUGAAUGUCUGAAGGUGCUUCUCUAAUAUCCCAAGUUUAAUUAAAAUCAGACCCAAUGGGCUAGAGAGCUCGUUAGUGAUCUCUUUUAGGAUUCCUGUUUCUUUGCUGACUUAAAAAUACACAUCCCUAGUAGAUGCUGUCUAAUCUCCUACUUUGGUGCUAAGGUACUGGAUAGAAGUUGCUGUUUUCAUGUGACUGCCACAUCCUGUUUCUUUCUGAAUAUGGAACUGGAAGUGUUUGUUGACCAGAUUUCCCCUGUUAAGUGUCACUAGCGUUUUUAUUUAGCAUGGCUCAGUAUAAAAUACAGUAAGAUUUGUUUAUUUUUUAUUUAAAAAAGAAAUGAAAGAACCAAAAUCCCUUUGCUAUUACCAGUGGUUUUCCUAGCCACAAUGCUUUCCUGAACAGUUUUCUUUAUUCUAAUAAUGGCUUAUUUCUGUCAGGUGCUGUCUUCGCCUUCUCCUUUUCCAUCUGUUACGUUUCAGGCUUGGUUUGGUUUGGGGUUAUCUUACAUUGUUCCUUCUUCCCCACAAACUUUCUUACUGAACCCAGGAUGAGCUUUUACCAAAAGUUUUCCUCUUUGAUUGUGGAAUUAGGGCUUUUUUGGCCACGUAAUACUUUUUUUAGAGAAGAGUUUCAACUUUUUCCUGCCUUACUUCUUCUUCUCAUGGGCAACUCGGUUUAUAGUUUUGCUCACCUUGGAAAUCAGCACAGGUUUAUUACUGCUUGUGACUCUCUUUUGCAUGUCCAUAUUCCAUAUGAAGAGGACAAAAUUCCCAAUUUCACUCAAGCUAUGAUGUUUUGUAUGUAUCACCUUGAAGUCUGAAAAAUUGACUUGUUUUGGGUGCAGUGUCUUGUAUUAGGAAACCUACAUUUUUAAAAGUCAGAAAGGUGUUUUUUCCAACUGCUUGAAUUCCCUGGGGAAUGGCUCCCAAGUUAAAAUUCCUUGCAGUGGCUUUUCAUUUUGUAAGUUAAAGGUGCUUGAAAUUGCUUUUCCUCGUCCCUGGUUUGAUCUGUUGUUUUCUGAUGUAUGCUAUCCUUCUCCUUCUUGGAAUCUGCUACCUAGCAUAGGUAUGUAUUUAAGGCUGUACCAUUCAUGUAUUACCAGUUAUUUCAAAGUUAUUAUUGCUUGUGUUUGUGUAGUUUGCUGAUGCUCCUACAGCUUUUACUUUUGCCCAGGAAGAAACUAAUGAUAUUUUCCUCAAGGGACAUUCCCAUUGAGUUUCAGAAAUGCCAGUUUAUUCCAGGCCUCUUAUUUUUUUUUCUCAUCAGUGAGGCUUUCUUACUUCUCUGUUUACCCAGAGACCUGCUGCUGGUGUAGAAGCAAUUGAAGAAAUCUUAUUGUCAUCCUUGUUACUUACUUCAGUUUGGAUUAAGUCUUCCUCUUUGAAUUCCCAAAGCCUUUCUAACAUAUUCAGAAUGCUUCAGGUGGUUUAAAAAGUAUAGUCUCUCCCUGCAGGAUGCAAGAUCUAACAUCUAUAGAAAAUUCUUCCCUGUUGAGAUGGUGCCUCAGGUUCCACAGUCUGCAGCUUCCCACUUUGUGCACUUAAGCCAACCAUGGUUCAAUUAUUUAACUACCACUCACAAGAGUGGAAGAUUCUCUAACAAGAUCCUAUGGUCCUUCCUCUUCAGCUCCCUGAACUCUUUGAGCCUGAAUUUUCUCUGUGAUGCCAAUUCAUUUGUUUCUUUGUGUGUGUCCGCAAGAAGACUUGACAGUGACUCUGGAGUUUGGUAUUAGGUUGCAUCUUGCAUCUUUGCUGGAAGGUGGUAGCACUUUUUCUUCUUGUCCUUUACUGAAUCCAUUGUCUGUUCGUGGCUGGAUUUUGCAAAUUAUCGUUGCUUUAAAAGGAAACAUCAUGUAGGCUGGAAAUCAUUUAGAAAAGUCACCCACAAACAGUAACUGAAUCUCAGCCGUGACUAAUGAUAGUACUGCUGGUCUAUAAUUCAGUUAAAUCUUAAAGAAAGAUUUAAGACUUUCAUAAUUUAAAGCCUUAUGGUCAGUCAGCCAUGUCCCCUAUUAGAGGUUUUUUGUUGGUUAUCACUGCCACUGAAACUGUCGUUCUAUUUUACUACUUUUUUUUUCUUUUUAAUCCAUACAGUCUUGUUAUGCCUUUGUUCAGUACGUUCAGUUCAGUACAUUAAAAAGACUUCUGCUAUAAGAAGUUCUUCUUUUGUAAUGAAUUACAGACCAUGAUCAGGUCACUGUAUUCAUCUUUCCAAAUGGCUUAAUUAAAUUGAGCUGGUUUAGGUGUCUCACAAUAAGGCUUGACUCCAUCAUGGAGUUCUUCUGUAUUGCCUUUCUUUUUCCUUUGUGAAUGACCAGGCUGCGUAAUGCUCAGUUACAAGUCUUGCUACAUUAUGCCUAGACAGUUAUCCUGAGCCACCAGGCUUACAUUGCCAUACAAGGAUGUGUAGUUCUUUGAAUUAGAUCUUUUUCUCUAAAUUAAAGCAGCAUUAUGUUUCUUUUCUUAGCUGAGCGCAACCUGUAUCAGUUACACUGUGACUUUGCCAAAUCAGUGUUAGGUUAACUGACUUACAGCAACCUGGAUGAUCCCAUUUACUUUUCAAAUACUUUUUAAGUAAAAGUAUUUGCUUGUCUUCUGGAACACAUUAAGAGCUCCAGAGUUGUUUGGAAGAGAAAGCCCCUUGCUUCCAUCUGCUUGCCAGAUAAUUCUUCUAAAGUUACUGAUUGUCAGUUUCUAGCUAUGCAACUUCUUGGAUGUUUUAUUUAAUGAGUAGAACUCAUUAGAUUGGCAAGGUAAUAUUUCGUUACUUCACAGAUGUGUCUACAUCAUCCAACUUUCUUCCCAAUAUAGAAUAUAAUUAUGAGAUUCUGCUUGUCUUAUAUAUUUUUAUUGAUUAUUUUAUCUUUAUAUCAGCUAAAUGAUAUAUAUCAUGUUUAGGAUUUUCUUCUAAUACUUUGCAGGUAAUGCACCUGAAAGCUGCCCAAGUUUACUAGUGCAAUUUCAGAACAUAGAAUGAAAUUGCUCUGUACACUUCCAUAACUAGCUACCUGUUCAAUCGUCAUUUCAGGUACAACAGAUUACAUUUGUGUGCAUGGUUUCUUGUUUCUGUGUAGUAGUACACCAAAGUACUAGAGAGAUGUAGUAACUUGGUCCAACAAACAUUUCAUGUAGUGUCUAUGUAAUGGAAAAAAAAAAACAAACUGCAAGAAAAGAAAUCAUGACACCAAAGAAGUAGAGUGUAUGCCUAGUUUUGCUCCUGAAUUAGGGUAUGGUUUUGGAAUGUGGACACAGCUAUAAUCUGGGCCCCUUGGCAUCCUCUUUCAUUUGUGAAGCUGAUUUACCACCUUGGGGGCAAGUGCUGCAGAUCAGUUGUUUGAUGUUCAUGAGACUUAAGUGUGGGUACAUCUGGUCUUUCCUGAAGAGAAGGAAAUGCAGAGCAGGGACCUCUGAACUAAGAAUGUUGAAGAGUGAGAAAAGCUGAAUGUGUACCACUGCAGCAGAAAGGGAACCAAACAAGACUGAAGUUGUAGGCCUCCUGCUGCAUAAGGAUCGCUCUCAAGUACUGGCCUUCACCUUGUGGUCCUUGGACAACAUUUAAGAGGUCUGUAAGGUAACAAAAGCUGAAGGCUUAGAUUUGGUAUGCAGAUGUUUACAUUUCCAAGGGAAAAUACACAGGCAUCUGUAGAUCAAUAAAGGUUGAGAACCACUACUCUAGACUACUUCA